GCCCGUAAGAGUCGAGACCCAUAACUUGUACGGUAAGAAAGAUGUCGAGCUUCGGUACGUAGGAGAGCUCAGCUUUAAAUCACGGGCCGACCGAGCCUGGGGAAAAAUUAGAAGCCAUGUAAAGUCUUAAUCAGGCCAGCAUUAUCUUUCGCCAAAAUUUCUCCGGAAUUCGUGAGAGAAUGCUGAACCUUCAGUGCACGAGAGAAAUCCGCAGAAACGAGAAGCAUAAUUGCGAAGCAAAAGAAGACGAAUUGGCGAGUCACGCGAAGCUGAAACAUUCUUCCGAAUCUUUGGCUGUCCUUCACGCCACAUACACACAGUUUCCAGAAGACUCAGAAACAGACCCAGAGCUUCUCGAGGCGGGAAAAUUCGACGAUUCACCGGAAAUAACUUCAGCAAUGUCCAAAGAACCGGAACAACCGCGGAAAGGCAGACACAGACGUUCGAAACGGGUCAGGUUUUCACAGUUCACCUCCAUUUCCCCGCUGGCAUUCGGGUAUCAACGACUGAGAGGAGCAUCUCAGUCCUAUCCAGGGCCACUGAAAUCGUCUCGGACGCUUAAGAAGGCCAUCGCAUGGAAACUGAGCUCGAAAAAGAGAGAUUCUGGCAAACAUGGCCUGCUUGGGAGGGAAUCAGCCACAGCCCAUAAGAUCGUCAGUGAAGAAUUCACUCCAAAGAGAAACGGAAGCCCAGACGGAUGCAUGCAAAUACACAGGGAUUUUUUGGAUGAACCUGUUCAACUGACAGGGAUGCCCGUGAAACACUCACCAGCCGUAGCUGACCUCAGUUCGAGAACAUCCUCACGAAAUUUCGGCGGCGACGGAGACUCGAAAUGGAAGCGAGCCAAAGAAUUAAUGAAAUCACUGAUCGCAGCCGGAUGCGGGUGUUUGCAGAAUCAAAGGAGUAAACCCGAAGACUGGGAAAUCCUUCAGGAAAUCGACUCGUCAUCGAGUCACUCGUCACAAGACGUCAAGCACCCGACGACAGCACUGUCAACGCCCACGAAAUGCAACGCAAGACGUCGCAUCAUCACCGUCGACUCCGGCAUUUGCAAAGCGACAGCGUCGAUCAUCACAAACUCACCGUCACCAGCAGCCGGCGACAAUAGGAUCAGCCGGAAUCCGAAGCCAUGAUACAACUCGAUAAAAAGAAAAGCGGAUUUCGCAAGUAAAACUCGGCGAUAUAAUUCCUUCCCAAUCCAACAGAACACGGAAAACGGGUUCUCCAUGGAUCACAUGUACUCUGGGAGAAAAAUAGCCAUCAACUAGGGAAGUGCACAACAAUUGUGGGGAGGGAACCGCCUCAGGGCAAGGCAACAACGAGAAAGAUCCACCUCAACAUCACGGAAACGGGUAAAAUAAAACCACGCAUCACAACGCUGAAAAUGUACUUCGCGUCACCAUUCGGUGCGAGGAAAUGUUGCCUCGAUUACUCAAUUUUCAAAUUUUCCUUCUCUGACGUGAUGAACGACAUAAAACGAAAACGCUGGAAUUCUUUCUAUUUUGGCAGAACAGAGGGUUCUGAGAAUA